CGCGCAGAGUCAGUCGCGCUGCGAUUUUUCGCUCGUUCGGUAGCGACGACUACACGACGUCCAGUGUCCAUCGAUCCUCGUCAACUUUUUUUUUUCCUAUAUCUUAUACAACUCGUACGUGCAAAGCUGCAGUAUACGUAGCGUCCGUUUGCGCCGCGAUCAUUGGAAGGGAUUUUUGAAAAUUGCUGUAUAGAACUCGAAGUUGUAUCGAAAAUGCCAAAACUCAAGGCGAAGGUCCACGGUGAAAAGCCGCAAAGCGGCGAUAUCGUUGCCACUGCGCAUCGUCAUCGAAUCGAGACUUAUUUCACUGAGUAAAAAUAAAUAAGAUUAUUUAGGCGAUAUUAUAAUUUCAAUUGACUCUCCAGCAGGGUAAAGUCGAGGUGACGGGGCUGCGCAACGAGACUGCGAACACGAGCAUCAUGGCAAUGUGCAGCAGCGGCAUAGGUUUGUGCAAUUCAACGGCAGGAUCGGGAUCAUGGCGUUUUACAGUAGAAGUAACGGGACGGCGUCCAAUGGUAAUGGCAAUGGCAAUGCAGCAGCAGGAGGAGGAAGAAACGCUCGAUACCAGGCCAGUCAAGCAGGCAGCAGCAACAACAACAAAGGAAUCGGCUGCGGCUUCGGCGUCGUCGGUAGCGGUGGUAGCGGCUGCGGCAGCGGCAACAUCGGUAGCGGCGCCGGAGGAGCCUUAGUCACGCGCGAGACGCGCUGCGAGCUGAGCUUUUGCGCGAUGCCUCUGCCCAAUAUACUGCGCAAGGCCAGCAGCUACAUCCUCGGCGACAACUGCCAGGACAAUUUGCGGGCCAUGUACCAGGACGGCGAGACGCUGUUCUGCAAGAACAACGUGUGCGUGCACCCGCCGACGCUGCUCAGGCAGCACUGCGACGUGGUCCAUCAUCCGGGCUACCUCACGGUCACCUGCAAAGUCGACAAGGCCACGGCCCUGCCGACGCUCCACCUCAGUUGGAUACCCAACACGACCCUGCGCAAGUGUCCGGCCACUCUGGAGAACGCCGCCGCCAAGAGGCUCGAGACCACCAAGGAGAACAGCGCCGAGCCCAGCUCCGACGAACAAGCCAAAGGGACGCUGGAAAAGAUCGACGGAGCUCAAGAGGCCAAAGAACCGCCCAACAGUCUCGACUGCGAGCGAGUCUGCUCGGGUGGCGCGAGCACGCCGCCGCCGAUCUUUUGCCAGCCGAAGAACGGCGACGCGACGAUCGGGACGGAUCCUUUGAGCAGCGACGUGCCGGGCCGCAGCAGUAGCGCUGCCGGUGCAGCAGCUGCUGCAGCCGAUGCGGAAGCGCAGCGGCCGUCGUCGAGCGUCCAGUACUCGAGGUCGGAAUCGUCCGAGUCGAAGAACGACGACGGCAACGAGCUCGCGCUCAAAGAUAAGAGCCGAAGCUUAUCGUUGACGUCCAUGAACAGCUUAUCUAUAACGAUCAAUAACGAUGAGGAACUCCCGACGUGGAUGCGGAGCCCGGAGCUGCUGGCGCUGCAGCACAACCUGGCCUUUCCCGAGAGCGCGAGCGCCUCGCCGGUGACGCUUCGCCGCACGACGACCCACCGCUGCCGGCGCUUCUCCGUGGACCUCGGCCAGAUGCGCUCGCUCCGGCUGUUCUUCGCCAAUCCCGAGUGCAGCUCGGGCCAGCUGGUGGUGGCCAGCCGCGAGAGCCAGUACAAGAUUCUGCACUUUCAUCACGGCGGCCUGGACAGGCUCGCGGCGACUCUGCACCAGUGGCACCAGCUGCUCAAUCCCAGCGGUCCAGCGAGGCCGCCGCCGCCGGCCGGCGAGGAGAGCAGCCUGCUGCCCUAUCGCCACUUCAUGGUCUGCCGGCCCGAGGUGAGCAGCGACGAGUUGCACCCGGAGGAGGGCCAGGUACCGAUGAUCACCUCGCUCGCCUGGCAGGAUAUGCUCAACGAGCGGGGCCAGCUCGAGGACGAUCUCGGCCUGCGCAAGGGCAUAUUCUUCGGCGGCCUCGAGCCGGUCCUGCGCAAGAUCGUCUGGCCGUUCCUGCUGCACUGCUACUCCUACCAGAGCAGCUACGAGGACCGCGAGAAGAUCGACGAGAUAAGGCGCCAGGAGUACGAGGAGAUCGUCAAGAGGCGCAACAACAUGAGCCCCCAGGAGGCCGAGCACUUUUGGCGACACGUCGUCUGCAUCGUCGAGAAGGACGUCGUCCGCACGGACCGCGGCAAUCCCUAUUACGCCGGAGAGGACAAUCCCAACAUCGAAGUCAUGAAGAAUAUCCUGCUGAACUACGCGGUGUACAACGCGCGACUCGGCUACACCCAGGGCAUGUCGGAUCUGCUGUCGCCGCUGCUGGCCGAGCUGGACGACGAGCAGGAGGCCUUCUGGUGCUUCGCCGGCCUGAUGCAGCGCUCGGUGGCCGUCUGCACCCCCACGGACGUCGACAUGGACCGGAAUCUCUGCUACCUGCGCGAGCUGCUGCGCCUCAUGGUGCCGGACUUUUACGCGCAUCUUCAGAAGCACGACGACGCCCUGGAGCUGCUGUUCUGCCAUCGCUGGAUACUGCUCUGCUUGAAGCGAGAAUUCCCGAUGGACGUCGCCCUGAGCAUGUGGGAGGCCUGCUGGGUCAACUACCUGACCGAUCACUUCCACCUGUUUCUGUGCCUGUCGAUAAUGUGCGUCUACGCGGACGACGUCGUGGCCCAGGACCUGCGCACCGACGAGAUGCUGCUGCACUUCAGCUCGCUGGCCAUGUACAUGGACGGCCGGCUGAUCUUGCGCAAGGCUCGCGGCCUGCUGCACCAGUUCCGCCAGCUGGACCGGCUGCCCUGCACCCUGGCCGGCCUCUGCAAGCAGUGCGGCCCCGGCAUGUGGGACAGCUCCCACGAUCCCGUCAUCGAGUGCGUCGGCCACCUCGACGCCAAGUGUCCGCUCGCCGACAAUUACUCCCGGCAGGCCUACAACAGCCUCGAGUGAACGCGGUCUAGCUCGUCGAUGUACUUUGGAAUCGAGUUCGAUCGAGAAUACACCGCAGCUUUGCGUGCGCUGAUUGUUCCACGCGAUGCUGCAUUGGGACUCGUGCCCAAAUAUGCCCAAUUGCCGCCUGUAAAUAUGUCCCUCGACGUUUUAGUUCUAGUUCGUUUAUUCCAGGCACAAAUUACUUGUUUCACACCAAAGACUACUUAGUAUUUGUAAUACAAAAAUAUCCACAUUACGUAUUCAGACAAAUGCAAUGAUUAGUGCCAACUACUGAAGCUAUCACGUAUACGGAUUGACAACACCGUUUCGAUAGUUUUUUCCCUGCACAUAGUUUAAUUGUCGUGUGUGUGUUUGCGUAUCUUGAGCUUUGGUGGAUCACCUUAGUAAAAAGUUUAAAGUUUCAACUUAUACACGAUAAAAAGAUUCUGAGUUGAGAGAUAAAGUUGAUGUCGCAUCAAGUACGAAAAUGUCAAAUCAGUCUAAUCGGAUGCUUCAAUUAAAAAAAUCUCGUCAAUAGCUAUGAAUGUAAAUACAAUUUAUUCUUUACUCUUUUCGCUAAAAUAACAAGAGUAAAUAAAGUUAUAUACUAAAAAAUAUUAAAAUGUACAUAUGAGUCUGAAGUUAUUUGCGUGUUCGAUGAUGAAUUAAAUCUCAGCUUCAGAAUAUUUAAUCACAAGACUGACAUAAAAAAAGCACUUUUGCAACGUGUAUUGAGCAUAUAUUCUUAACAUUGCGUUCCAAAAAAAUGCUCUCAAUAAAGGCAAAAGAAAGAUAGUAUUUUGAGAAUUACAAAAAAUAAUUUAAAAAUUCAAAAAAUUCCAUCAACAAUUUGACAUUUUUGAAAACUAUCUUAUUUGCACGUUGAAUUUUUCUAAUCAAAUUGUUUAAUGCAACGAUAUACGAUUUGUACAAAGUAUUGCACAUGUGUAGUGUUGUCUACAGUUUUUGUAAGUGUUUUCUUGUAAAUGUUGUCUACCUCUGUUGUAAGUGCCAUUACUUGUGUUUUUAUUCGAUAUAAUCAUUAAUAAACAUUUGAAACUCUCAAUUUCAUAAAGUGUUAUAAAAAUUAUAUGUAAAAUCAGCUGUCCUCAAUUUAUGACACAAAAGUAAUGGUGAAACCGAAAUAAAUAUUUUUACUUGAAAGUUGCUUAACAAUUUCAACUCAAAGUAUUAUUUUCACACAUGAUCAUUACAAUGAUCUAGUUAAAACAGUUAAGAAAAAGUCUAUUCAUUAAUGUAAGCCUAGUUAUUAGUUUGUAUGAAAAUAAAAUGAAAUAUCAAAAAA